AUGGCCAGCGUCAUUCGGAAGAUAGCUAUCAUCGGAGCCACCGGCAACCUUGGCUCACGCAUAUCAAGCACGCUGAAAGCUGUCGGGCAUGAAAUCACUGUUGUCCAGCGCAAGGACUCGAGAAAGCCUGCGCCGGAGGGCCUGAAGAGUGUCAAGGUGGAUUACCUGAACAAAGAGGAGUUGGUGUCGACUUUCAAGGGCCAAGAUGUUGUUCUCAGCGCUGUCCCUUUCCCCAUGCUCGACUCUGAGAAAAUCGUCAUCGAUGCCUGCAUUGCUGCGUCUGUCAAGCGCUAUAUGCCCUCUGAGUACACGACCAUGCUCGAGUCUCCACUGGCUAAGAACCUCCCCAUUGCCAAGGAGAAGUUCCUAAUCCGCCAAUACCUCACCUCCGUCAUGGCCGACACCUCUGGCCCCACCACCUGGACCUCCGUCAACAACGGCGCCUUCUUCGACAUGGCCCUUCCGUACGGAGUCCUUGGCCCCAACCCUAUGUCUAAGAAGGCCGUGUUCCAUGAUGGAGGUGACAAGAAGAUUGCCGUCUCGACACUGUCUGAUAUCGCAACCGCUGUUGCCAAACUCCUCGGCACUGACAGCAUCUUUGAGGCUGCCGCUAACCAGCCUGUCUAUAUUUGCUCGGCUAGAAUCACGGAGCGCCGCCUUACUGAGCUAGUUUCGGAAGUCACUGGAAUUGACUUUGGCACUCCCGAACAAGUACUUGUCAAGAAGCUGAUUGAGGAGUCGGACGAGCGACUGAAGCAGGGAGACAAGUCUGCCAUCAUCAACUACUACUUCCAGAUGAUGUACGGCGAGGGUUACAAGGGUGGGGAUUUCAUGGAGUUCAACUGGAACGACCGACUGGGCCUGCGGAUCAUGUCUGAUGAGGAGCUGAAGGACACCAUUCGCCAGAACCUGAAGUAA